CCCCGCCGCCUGACAUCGUCACAGCUAGACUAAAAUCCAAUUACUUAUCGAAUACUACAGCACUAAAUGCGACAUUGAACAAAUAGCCUUUGUCUGUAACAAUGGAGACCAGCGCUCCCACGAAACGUUUGCUCUGAAUCAGGACGCUUUUAGUUAACGGGAUGUCAUCUUUAAAUCCAACAUAAUGGCUUUUGUGAUUUUAAUUGUUAUAGACGCUCGUAUAUGACAAAAUAAAUAUUUCAAGACCAUUUGUAUUAAUAAAUAUAGUGUUCAUAAGCUCUGUAUAAAAUGUCGUUCCAACUAUUUUAUUCAAGAAUGACUGAAACAGCUUGGAGAAGAAAUGUCGAUUGGAAGGCGCGUUAUUCUAAACUGUAUUCGUCACGAGGCUUAUCACAGCCCAAAAAAGAAGAGGCAAGCCGGAUCUCAUUCAUGAGCAAUGAAACAACUCCGUACGCAUCACUCCUAAUGGAAAUCCGUGCUAACCGCCGCGAAAGUUCCACAGACUCACAAAUAAAUUCACCAAUUGGUCUAACUUCCCUGAUGUCGGAGCGCAGUGGAAGCUAUGGAUCACAAAUGUUAAAAUAUAACGAUUUGGGAGGAACCGAGACUACACUUCUAGACAUGGUUCGAUCAAGAAGUUGCGAAGUUCAAGAUGAAAUUCAAGAUGAAAUACAGCCUCCACCAUGCACUGAGCGCCCUGAAUAUGAUGACCCGUUGGAAUCCUGUGUUCACGGAUUAAGCUACCGCGUCCCGGAACGGAGCGUGUCUCGAUCGAGGUCUCGCGUCUCCCGGAUGUCAAUGAGACGGGACAUGGACAUUCCAUCCAUACUCGCCUUUACCGCGUCACCGACACCCUCACCGAUGUGCCUUGGAAUUCCAGCUUUUCAAAAAGCUAAGCCUCAAGGAGUGGAAAUUCCACGUUGGUCUAUACGACGUUCUGUUUGUCCGGUCUGUUCCCAGAAAUGGAGAGACAAAAGCUCUGUGAAAAAUAUAAAAUAUUCAGGUUUGAAAAGAAAUAUAUCGAACGAACUUCCAUCCGUUAAAGCUCCAGCUCGGAUACGAACAUCAGCUAACAUGGAAUAUAUUCCGCGCCCCGUGCCAGCUGCUCUAGAUCAAGAUGCCGGUAUAGUGCAGGGUGGCCUCCGUCACGGCAGCGCUUCCUGGCUGUUGACUAGAGCUCGGCGGUUCAGAACACCCAAGCUACAAAUGCCUCCGCCUGAGGCGACAGCGCCUCCUAGCUGUAGCGCUCCUCUCGCUCGGAAAGAUCUAGAACUUCGUGUUUCACAAUUCCUUUCUGAUACAUUUAAGAUAUCUCCUUAAAGUUGAGCAUAUACAAAUUCCCAUAAAAAUAUGAAAAGUUCACUGGGGUCUUCAAAUGGAAGUCAAUGAAAUGAAAAAAGAUAAAUGGCUCAACAUAACUUGAAUAUUUUAUCAAAAAAAUUAUACUUCUUUAUCAAAUUUAUCAAUUAGAAAUCAAUUAUUUUUACGACAUUAAUAAAUGAAUUACAAUAUA